AUGCCUAACUCUAUAAAGAGACAGACUCCAUCCUAUAUAAACCUUAAAAAUGAACAAUUUUCCAAAAAUAAUCUAUACAGUAAAUCUGCCCCAUAUAAAAAUAAAUGUAAUUCAAAAUUUAAUUACGAAAAAAAUUUGGCCACGAAGUACCUUAGUAGAUACAAGUCUCUGAAUAGUAUGUUACAUUCUCCAUGUAAAGUGGAAUAUAAUUGCAAGGCAGGAGUUUCGAUCUUUAUAGAUCCACCUGAUAAGAGGCUCGGUGCAAAUGAUAUAUGUAGUGAAAAUUUGUAUAAAAUGAAGAAUUUGAAAGACAAACUUCAUAAUAUUAGAUUAGCUCUCGACCUUAAGUUAUGUCAUGAGAAUCUAGAAUCUGUUAAGAGUGAAAUAGAAGAUAUUUUAAAGGAGUGCACUAAUAUUAAUUCUAAUAUUGAAUUGAUCAAGAAACAUGAACGCGUAUUAACUGAGAACUUGGCUUUAGUAAAGACAGCAUUCAAAGAUUCAAUAAUAAAUUAUAAAAGGGUAGAGAGAGAAAUAAAUAGAUAUCAGUUAUAUUUUUUAGAGGCUCAAGUUGGGAUAGCACCAGCAAUAAAUGUAAGAAAUAAGAAGCGUAAACGUGUAGUUGAUGAGAGGCCAGAUACUGAAGUUAAUAGAAAUCUAAGCAAUAAACCAGAGGAAAUUGACAAUAAUAAUAUUCCAAGUACAUCUAAAAUAAGUAAUGAUAACUGUAAAGAUAAUCAUAGAAUGUUGGAAUCAAGAAAUACAAAUUAUAACUCAAUUUCCUGUUCAAUGUCUGCAAUUGCCUUAAAUGGCUCUGUAGAGGAAUCAGAAGUUUCUACAUUGUCUAAAAUCAAAGACUGUAGAGUUGAAGGUUCCUCACUUAGUAGUAACAAGAAUAUGAAGAUACAACUAGAUUAUAUUGAUAAAGAACACUUUAGAGACGGAAGAAAAUUUCAAGAUUUGAUAAAUCAAAAGAAUUUAUUGUUAUUAUACUUGCAGGGUACUGAACGAAAAGCUCUCGCAAGUAUUCAAUAUUAUAGUCAUUCUACCCUGAAUAAUAAUGAAGAAGAAAUAAUGCAGUCUAUUGUUAAAAAAAGAUAUAGUUACACAGAGAAAAAGGCUUAUAAUAUAGCAAGUAAAUAUGAUGAACUUGAUAUAGAAAGAAGUUUGUAUAUGAAAAAAUCUCGUUUAUUUCGUCACCAGCAGAAUUCACGCUAUAAUACAAUGCAGACAUUGUCUCCUUUACAGCCAUAUACUUUACUGAAUAUGAUAGGGAAAGGUGGAUUUGCGGAAGUCUGGGAAACUUUAAAUAUGAAUACAUGGAAGAUAACAGCUGCGAAAAUACAUGAACUAACCCCUGAUAUGACUGAGCAUGAACGUAUUGUUUGUGUUGAAAGAGUUAGUAACGAGAUAAGAUUACACAAAGAUUUAAAGCAUCCAUAUAUUGUAAAUAUGUUGCAUUGCUUUGAAGUAGAUAAUGAUCGAUUAGUUACGAUAAUGGAAUUAUGUGAUGGACCAGAUAUUGACUCUUUCAUCAAGAUGUAUGGACCAGUUUCUGAAGAUCUUGCAAAAAUAUGGAUUAGACAGAUUUUAGAAGGAAUAAUGUAUUUAAACAACUUUUCUACUUUGAAUGCUGGUGAAACCUUACCACUUCAAAGAGAUCCUAUUAUUCAUUAUGAUCUAAAACCAGGGAAUAUAAUCCUACAUAAAGGCUGUUGCAAAAUUGCUGAUUUUGGUUUAAGCAAGGUUGCUGAUCCAAUUAGUGGUGAAGCUAUAAUAGAGCGUAUUGGAGGAGGAACAGUAUGGUAUCAACCUCCAGAAAUACUUCUAAGACCUGGUGAUUCUUUUGAUAAAUCCAGAAUUGUAACCCACAAAGUAGAUAUAUGGGCUAUUGGGUGUAUUUUCUAUGAAAUACUACAUUCAAGACGACCAUUUGGUCUUGGAAGCAGCUCUAUAGCAGAAGCUUUUACUUUAAUACCACUAGAAGCUACAAAUGGCCCUAUAUUUAGCGAUAAUAUAUCACAAGAAUGUAAGUCCUAUAUAAAGUGGCUUUUAACUUAUGAUUCAAGUGAGAGGCCUUCAAUCGAUAAAGCAUAUUGGCAUUCCUAUAUUCAGAAUUUAAAUAAUAAUAAUUCUACCGUAAAUACAAACUCAUAUUAA